AUGGUAAUGAACGCGGUAUCGACGAAUGACCGUCGAAGAGUAACGUCAUUUCGUAUCUCUUGUUAUAUCUUAGUCACGAAAUCAAGUUUAUACUUAAAAUUUAAAUGUUAUUAAUCAAUUUUUUUGAUAGAAAAUUAAAGCAUGCCGUAUCCAAAUCAAAUAACUUAUGUACAUUCGAAUUUCGUGAUCUUUAAUAAGGAGAAAGUUAACAGUGUUUGUGGUUGGAUUAUUUUGAGUUUGCUUCAGAUCUUGAGCGAAUCGCUAGUGCUAUAGUUUGACAGAGCGAGAUAAGAAAAAUAUAAAAUGAGGAAGUGUUUACAAUGCCUUAUGUCUUUUUGUGCAUUACUGUUGACGUCCGUUCAUUGUCAAUAUUCCGGCGCUAGCUGCGUAAUACAUGGUGACAAUCAACCGGGUGUUUGUUUACCACUGAAAGAAUGUAUUCCUCUGAUGAAGGAGAUAAAGAAAAGCGGCACUUCUAUAUCAACGCAAUUAAGGAGAAAAUUACAAUCUCUAUCCUGCGGCUUUGACCAAGAUCUUCCCUUAGUGUGCUGUAGCGCUAUUACGAACGAUAGAGAUGAUAGUUCCAGUAACGCGGGUAACAAGAACGGUAAUAAUGGUGGCCCGCCUGACGUAAGUAGACAUCGGAAUCUCGGUCUUCUACCAACCCAGUGCGGAAGUAUCGAAAAUGAUAGAAUAUUCGGUGGGAACAAGACACGACUGUACGAAAUGCCUUGGAUGGUGUUGAUUGCAUAUGAUUCAGCACGUGGAACAAAGUUGAGUUGCGGCGGUACACUCAUCUCUGAGUGGUACGUGUUGACGGCCGCGCACUGCGUCAGCUUUCUGGGACCCCGGCUGACGCUGACGGGUGUCGUUCUCGGAGAAUAUGACGUCAGGAGAGACCCUGACUGCGAGAGAGUUGAAGGCGAACUGAAUUGUGCUCCAAGAUCAAGGAAUGUAACCAUCGAGAGUGUGAUAGCCCAUCCGGGCUACACUCCGCAGUCUCUGGUCGACGAUAUAGCGCUGGUGAGGCUAUCUGAACGGGCUGACUUUACUUUAGAUAGCAUGAAGCCAUUAUGUUUACCGACAACACGAGAAUUACAGAGAGAGUCACUGGAUGACUUAAAAGGAGUUGUCGCUGGCUGGGGAGCUACGGAGGAAGGGCUUCAAUCUCCAGUGCUACUUAGCGUCGAUUUACCCAUUGUUCCGAGAGCGGAAUGUCAAGCGGCAUACAAUGGAUCUCCUAAAAUUCAUACUACUCAGUUGUGCGCGGGUGGAGUUCAAGAUAAAGAUUCUUGCGGUGGUGAUUCCGGCGGUCCACUUAUGUACCCCGGCAGGACUGUGGCUGGCGUGAGGUACGUGCAACGUGGAAUAGUAUCGUAUGGAUCCAAGCGUUGCGGCGUUGGUGGCUUCCCCGGCGUUUACACCAAUGUAGCUUACUACAUGGAUUGGAUUCUAGACAACAUGAGCAGUACAAGGAGCACGAUGAACUCCAAAGGUCUACGGAGGAACGGGUGCCUCGAACGCCGACGCCUAGCUUCGCAUCCUGUAUAAGCGAUUCUUGCAGUUGUCAGCUGUCGUCGCAACAACCAGAACCAGCUGCAACACUCGGUUCACCAGUUACUCGUGGACGGUCACCAGUACCGGAAAAUCGCUGCUGUUUAAAUUUCAUGGAACGUAUAUCGUGUUCAAUGGGAACGUCAUGGAAAAGUUUCCAUAUGCUGUACAAAACAGUCUCCAGCGACAGAUUUACUUGGCAGUUGUUCAAAAGUAUCAUAUUCUUCACGCUCGGCUUGAAGUUGUUCAACGAUAUAGCAAGGCACAUGGCAAAAAAUAAUAAAUAAUGCAUGUCUACAAGAUUUUGAAUUUAAAAGUAUUUAUUUUUGA